UGCUCAGGACGGUGUUAAGGGAAAAAUACGAGGGCGAAGUUGAGCCGGACGAGAUCGACCUGAUGCACGAGUCUGAGGAGGGUUUCGACAGGGCAGAUUUUCGGGCGGAAUUCAGCCCGAGUCCGAACCUGGAAGGGCCGCAACCGCAACCGAGGGAUAACGUCUCCCGAAAUUUCCCAACGGCCAGCUCGUCGCCGCCCCGCGCACGGACAAACAACGACGUGGACACGCAAUCGAACAACUAUAAAUCGCUCGGUGUAGGAGCGAAAGACUUGCCCCUAACGCCCACGGUUAUUCAAGGGAUGGUAAUGUUCGGGAACAACGUGGCCGAUAUUACUAGAGACCUUUCCACCAGUACGAUGUCGCCGAUUAAUUGUACGACGGUAGUCUACGCCUUUCCCGAAGAGGAUCGUGUCGUUGUUGGAUAUAUCAAUGAAUGGAUCAAUGCAUAUUCAUUCAUAUCGAAGAACCAAGAAAAAUUCUACCUCUACAUCAUUGUAUCGGUCACGGCCGGUAUUCUGAUCUUUUUGGGGUUGGUGAUUGGACGUCUUCUAGUCAGCCGUCAUCGUGCCAAGAGGGACGCAAAAUUCCAUGCAAAUAACGAGGCACUUCCGAACGGAUUCACCGAUGACAUUUCGGAGAUCGACGCUGAUAUCGACCUCACGACGCCCGUGCCAGUCCCCAUGCAAGACACGAGGAUCCCAGAGACUCAAUUGGCCGAAAGGCUCCACGGCGACCGUUAUUACGCGGACACAAGGAUACCAUUGUCGCCCACCUCGAUCCAUCCCCCGUCUGGCCACCACGCUACCAACACAGGCGUCCGGGUGGAUCUGGGUAACCACAUGGUCGGCACCGACAGUCUGCACACGAUCCUACGCCCGGAGAAUCCACGGAGCCUGACCACCAAAAGCUACUACUACGGCUGA